UCCUUUUUCGAUAUCAUUUCUUAUCCUUCGUAUACCUCGCUUUCCUCCUCCUCCUCCUCCUCCUCAUCCUUCUCCUCUUUCUGCUGUUCAUCCAACACGCUGCACCAUCCAACUACCCGGCGCUCGGCUUUGUAGUCCGCGAGCAGUGCCGCGUAUUAAAACGUUAAUCUCCGAUGUGUACUACCGGUUAUACGUACAGAUUGCUUGUUUCUCUCUCUCACUCUUUUUCUCUCCCCCUCUUGUUCGUUUCUCCAGCCCACCGCCUCCCUUUCCCCAGCCCCUAUGCCUUCGUCCUCCGGCUCGUUCGUGGCCGGUGCCUUCGCCUUAACGCGUACUCGACUCGUCUCUCUCUCCUUUUCUUUCUCCCCCUUUCAACUGUUCAACUCUUCGUCUUCGACUAGGUAGACCCGUCUUCGUCUUCUCUUCUUUCAUCUUCUUCUUCUUCACCCCCUUCAACACGCUAGUAUCGUCCAUAAUUGCGAGUCCUUCAUAUCUCACAAGUUUCUACUAAAGCACUGAUCGCUUCAAUGAACUCCAAGGAAUUCAAAACCUCCCGUCAAAACCUUCCCGCGAUAAGACUAAAUUGGCCAGGUGGACGAUGAACGUCGAAAGAUCACCCGAGGAGGACGUCCUUCGGUUUACGAAGGACGGGAGAUGUCUGGAAAAAGAAAUUGGAUGAUGAUGACGAUAAUGAUAUCGCGUACGUCGAUCUAAUUAAUCUAAAGAACGAGUGAAAAUAUAAAAGAAAUAAAAAGAGAUAUGAAGAAGGAGAAGCUGUCGAACGCGUUGAUCGCGUUGGUGCGACCAGAGGCAAGCACCUCGACUUCGAGUAGCUUAGCCAGAAGGCGAACAGCUACUGUCCUUGGUUCCAGGAGAUGGUGGCAGGGUGGUUGUUGGGCAACCAGAAGCCACCAGGAGGCCUACCUUCGACGACUCUACGCGAGAAAGAACGAACAACAUACCGCGAAAGGUAAUGCCGAGGAUAGGAACGUCGAGGUCGAAGGUCGAAGGUCGGAACUUGGAAAUACUUGGUCGCAGUCUCCUCAGAUCGUUUACGAUUUACCAACGAACUGUGAACAUUAUCUCGACAAUUUUUUGAAGAAUCGUAAAAACGAUAUUACCGAAGUCGACGUUGAUGUUGUUGACGAACAAGAGGAGGACGUUGUUGGUGUUAUAGUCGGUUGUCCGGCCCUGACGGCCUCGCGUGCCAGUCCCACGGAGAAGUGCGUGGAAUACUUGAACGGUGCUCAUGACGCGACAACCACGGUGAACUUUGAAAACGAUCGUCGCGAGCCCAAUCGUAUCAACGAGUGUGGAUCCUUGCAUUCUUGUUACGAUGUCACGGAAAAGGUUUGCAGGAGCUGCAGGUGUCCGAGAGAAGAACAUCAACGAGUAUCGACGGAAACAGGCGGCCCAUCUGGAUUGGGUCUUGGCCCGGGCCCUCCGAUGGCGAUGGCAAUGGCGUUUCAAAGUGGUGCCGGGGCAGGUUCCCAUCAGGAACCGUUCAAGAGCCCGGUGCAAGCGGCACCAGCUGGUCUUGCACUCCAGGAAGCUCUGAUGCAUCAUCAGAGGCACUCGCAGAGCGACGAUGAUAGCGGAUGCGCACUCGAGGAGUACACGUGGGUACCGCCUGGCCUAAGGCCUGAUCAGGUGCACCUGUACUUCAGUAGUCUACCAGAAGAGAAAAUACCGUACGCGGGUAGUGCCGGUGAACGGGAAAGGGUGAAACAACUGCUUCAACAGCUACCGCCGCAUGAUAACGAAGCUAGAUAUUGUAGCGGGCUUUCGGAAGAAGAGAAACGUGAAUUGAGAGUAUUUGCGGCACAACGGAAACGGGAAGCUCUUGGUAGAGGACAUGCAAGUCAAUUGGAGAGGCCACACACCAGCGGAUGUCGAGAAUGUUCGAGGCCGAUCGCGACCGGUGAAAUGGCAGUUGCAGCAAGCCGUGCCGGUCCUUCUGCCCUUUGGCAUCCAGCCUGCUUCGUUUGUUGCGUUUGCCGGCAACUUCUCGUCGAUCUCAUUUAUUUCUGGCGAGAUGGAAGGAUCUAUUGUGGUCGACAUCACGCAGAAACUUUAAAGCCACGAUGUUGUGCCUGCGAUGAGAUCAUUCUAGCUGACGAAUGCACCGAGGCCGAAGGCAGAGCCUGGCAUAUGAGACAUUUCGCAUGUCUCGAAUGUGAUCGGCAGCUUGGUGGUCAGAGGUACGUUAUGAGAGAAGGACGACCAUAUUGUCUUCGUUGCUUCGAUGCCUCCUUCGCCGAGUAUUGUGAUAGUUGCGGCGAACCGAUCGGCGUCGACCAAGGUCAAAUGUCGCAUGAAGGUCAACAUUGGCACGCGACAGAGGCAUGUUUUUGCUGUGCAACUUGUCGUACCUCGCUUUUGGGCCGUCCCUUUCUUCCUAGACGUGGUGCUAUUUAUUGCAGUAUAGCCUGCAGUAAAGGAGAACCACCAACAACUCCAAGUGACUCUUCAGCUGGUCCCCCACCUCCACCUUCUUUCCUUAGAGGUAGAAGACAAGCAGCAACAACCAGCGAAGGUUCCUCGAGUCCACCGCCACCUCCACCUCCUCCACCACCAGGAUCUAGACACGUUUCAGGAUCGCUACGAAACUCGCCAAGAUUGACCAGGAAACAUCAGCAGGUCUCUUCCUCGAUAGCGACAACCCCAACACAGAGUACCUUGAGUCCUGAAUUCCCUACGGAGGGAUUUCCCACUAGUGGAUCUAGGGGUGGAGGUCUUGAUAGGGUACUUCUUGAAAGGAAUCUCGAGAGAUUGUUACAAGAACGUGGCUCUCAUCCUGAAGAAAAUCGUAGCGAUUUGGGAAGGCUAAUGCAAGCAAGGGACCGAGAGCCACUCCGAUGCGUUCAAAACUGUACACCUUCCCAUGCUUCAAGUAUGCCCGAACUUCCUGCACCUUCAUUGCGAGCUUCAUCUUCUACGUCGGUGCCAGCUACGAGUGGUAUCGCAGCUGGUGCAUCAACAAUUACGCUUGCUCAAGAAUCACCAAUAUCACCAACGAAUCUCGCUGCGAGUCAAACAGAUCCACCGACGCCUACGUCGCGACGCGUACGAUUCCAAGGUGAUUUAGAUGUUCACGAUCAUGGGGCACCAUCGUCGAGUAAUAUACCUCUUUCACCAGCAAACGAUACCAAUUCAUCAUCCUCGCCAUCUCCACCACCACCGACAAGCAAUCCUUUGUCCAGGUCGAGCGUUCCUCGAUCGAGAAGUUUGCAGCCGGAGGAGGUCGCCAGUACGUCGACUUGGGGUGCAGCAGGAUCAUCGAGGUCAAGACUGGAGGAUACAGAGGAUGCUGAAAGUUGCUGUUCGACUUGUAGUUCUUCAAGUAGUUCCGAUGAAGCUGCAGCUUAUGCUCUACCUCCUAGAAGAGCUUAUGGUGGUGUCCGUAUUUCUUACGUCCCGAACGAUGCGGUUGCGUGCGCGCGAAAACGGACUCAACCGUCUUCUUCCUCGUCGAAUCAAGCACAAAAGGACACCGAAAAAUGCGUCGUGUCUUGAUGAUCGUGCUUCAAAAAAAAUAUCCGCAUUUAUUCGGCGGUUUUGUGUUACGCUUAUAACGUUUGUACGAUCGAUGGAUCUCUCCCUCUCUUAGUGUGCGUGACGAGAAAAACGAGCUAAGACUUUAGAAGAAAAACAUAAGAAAAAUAAAACAGUUCCUAAGCGUUACAAUAGUGUACGCUUUUCAGUAUCUUCCAGAGCAUAGGCAUUUUCGUAUCUCGCUCUCGUUAACAUUUGUACAACUUGAAAAUGCAAUCUUUUUUAAGGCAAGUCGUCUCUUUGUGCAUGUGUAUGUAUUAUUGCAUACUCAAAUAGAAACAUUAAUAGAGAUUUAUUAGAAUUUUUCACAACUAUUGUACAAUUGAAUUUCUCUCAGUAUAUAUAUAUAUAUUCUCAGUAAUUUAUUCUAAUUCGAAGCAAUGGCCUAAUCGAAUUCACCCUAAAGACAAUUUACUCAUAGUUAUUCCUAAACAAAUUCUAGAUACUUGGAAACGGUCUACUUCCUCUGAGAGAAUCCUCAGAUCAUUUCCAGACUCGCGCUCGCAACGAUAUAUACACAAUGCAACAAAAAAUGGAGACAUUUUGGAAUAAUCCGACUGAUGAUUUUCUUCCAAAUAAGCUGUGCCAGAAAAUCUCAGUGACGUAUUUGCCUCGCGGCCAUAAACCCUCGUCUAUUUUUAUUAUCCUCGUUGAUGUACCACUUGAUGAUGAUAAUAAUAACAAUA